AUGACAGCCCCUCUCGUUAAAGUCCUGCACAGGAUGCAGGAACUCUUUUCCAACAUCGUUGCUGCCCUGGAGGCCGUGCUUUUGUUUCCCUCGCUAUUCCGGGAUCCGACCCGUAAACGACAGAAGCCUUUCCACAAGCCCUACUGGCGUCGCCGGACCCUGGAUGAUCUCGCCGAUGAGAUUGACCGGCUGUUCAGCGCGCCUUUGUCCAUGCAGAGUAUGAUGGCAAUGUCAGGGAAGAUCCGAGAGCAAUUCAAGUCUUGUUUACAGUCUAGUCCCGUGAGCAUGCUACCAUCCUACAACCAUGCGCUUCCCUCGGGACAAGAGCAGGGAACUUAUCUGGCGCUUGAUGUGGGAGGAUCCACAUUUCGAGUCGCCUUGGUCGAACUACGCGGAAAGGGAGACAUGCAUAUCGUCAAGGUCUCCUCGUCGUACAUCGACAACGACGUGAAGCUGCUAGAGGGAACUCUUUUCUUUGAUUGGAUGGCGGAGAAAAUCGAAGCCAUGCUGAGUGAAGUUGGUGCUAACUAUGGCCGUGAGGCUGUCCCGCUAUCCAUGGGUCUGUCGUGGUCGUUCCCCAUCGAGCAGACCUCCAACAGCAGUGGAUUGGUUAUCCAUAUGGGCAAGGGUUUUAUGUGCUCAAACGGCACCCUAGGACAGGAGCUGGGAGAUCUCAUCGUUCAGUCCUGUCAAAAGCGCCAUCUCAAUAUCCAGGUGGAUGCCAUUGUGAACGACAGCUCCGCCACCCUUCUGUCCCGAGCCUACGUCGAUCCCAAGACUCGCAUGUCUCUCAUCCUGGGUACUGGAACCAAUGUUGCGAUCCACUACCCCGUGCACCAGAUCGGAUUGUCGAAAUUCGGUACGCGGCCACUGGGUUGGUUUGACUAUGCCAAGCACGUCAUCGUCAACAGCGAAAUGAGCAUGUUCGGCGGCGGCAUUCUGCCCAUGACGCGAUGGGAUGAAGUUCUUAACAGCACGCAUCUCCGGCCUGACUAUCAGCCUUUGGAAUACAUGAUCACCGGACGCUACCUCGGAGAAAUCGUUCGUCUGAUCAUGAUCGAGGCGGUUGAAACAGCUCAGUUGUUCGGAGGCGAGCUUCCUCACACUAUGCGGGACGCCUAUUCGUUCGAUACUAGCAUUGUCGCCGCUCUCGAGGGCGACACGUCGCCAUUGCUUACGUCUUCGGCUGCCCUACUCCAGAAGGAACAUUCGUUUUCCACUGUGCCGUCAACAAAGGACUUGCAGUUUUUGCGCCGUGUCUGUCAACUUGUUUCGAAACGGUCAGCGGGGUAUCUAGCCACGGCCAUCCACAGUAUGUGGUGCUUGCGUAAUGAGGCCGAGUCCCCCAACACCACGACUUCCACGGCAUCGUCAAUCAAGCAGAGCCAAGAUGUGACUGUAAUCGAGACCGAGGAUACUCCUCGGAGUCUAUCCAUCGCAUGCGAUGGCAGUGUUAUCAACAAGUACCCCGGCUUCAAAGACCGCUGCCAAGGCUAUAUCAACCAGCUCACUCAGGAGACCAAUGCAUCUAACGGGUCUCAAGACGAUGCUUCUGUCAGUCUAGAACUUGCACCCGAGUGUGCGAUUCUCGGAGCAGCCGUCGCAGUCGCAGUCGCAGUGGCCGAGAAAAAGGAAUGA